AUGGAAGACAUUCGGAAAGGACUUUCCAAGCUUAGUGUGAAAGAACUUCAAGAUCAACUUCGACAAAAUAGUCUCCCAUCUGGCCCGAUUACUAACACAACAAGAUCCUUAUUCGAACGUAAAUUAGCCAACUGUUUGCUUCAGUCAAGAGGAGCGAUCGAAGACUCGCAGUGUCCGUCAUUCGGUGGAGACAGUACUGAUAGCGGUUUAUUGAACAUACAAGUCCAGAGUGAGCAUUCUGUGACGGGUAGUUCUGGUGAUCAAGAACCCGGAACAAGUUCUGACACCGUUUCGACAACUCAGAUCAAUUGCGUCAGUGGUGAUGAUGGGCAUCUUUCGGCGACUGACGACUCUACCAAUGAGAAACCACCAACUUCGUUUUAUGCUGUUUGUUUCCCAAGAGGCUGUGUUGACGAGGUGGAUGGUUCUAACGAUAUAGCUGUGGACCAUGUUUACACAGACAGAAAUGAAGCCUUACAAAUUGUCAAGAGAAAUAAAGGCUCAAGAUUUAAAGUCUUUAAACAGAAAGUAGAUGCAGUAGCAUUCUGCAAAUGUGAAGCAGGAAUUCAAUCAACGCCAACAAAAGUAAUACCUGCAGUAACAAAAGCUUCUGAGAAAGCUAAUGAGUUCAAGGGUCCUAAAAUGCCAGAGUUGGUGAGUUUGAGAAAGGCAAUUGAGCAUAACGAUAAAGAUAAAGUAACCGACUUGAUUUGGAAAAAUCCUAGGUAUCUGAUUAGUGCUGGAGACACACCGGUUUUACUACAGAACUGUGAAACUCCAUUACACUUUGCCAGUAAGUUUGGAAGUGUGGAAGUAGUUGAGAUUCUUGUGAGCCAUCCUGGUGUAGACAAGACAGUGAAGAAUAGAAAUGGAGAGACAGCAAGUCAGAUUGCAGGGUCCCGAUGUGAUGUUGAUGGCGUCAAGGAAAAAAUUAGAGCUUUACUCAAUGAACAAUGUUUUGUACCACUGUGGAGAUCAGAAGACAAUGCAACAGAUGCUGUGAUUGGUGAGCCCUGGUCACCUGAUCCAUCUGGACUUGACCAAUCAAGCCCUUUGUUGCCUAGAACAACUAGUAGUCCAAUUGACCCAGUUGUUACGAUGCGAGCAUAUGCUGGACCCAUGCCUUCUAGUCAGGCUAAUAAUUUUUACAAAAGUUGGAUCACUCCCCCCAGAAGUGAAAGACGGAAAGCCAUUAACAUCAAAAGGAGUGAUAGCGAUAAAGGGCUUGAAAGAUUAGGAAGAGACCUUGCUUCUAGUAUGGAUGUUCCGUGGGUGGAAUUCUGGCCAUUUCUGGAUUGCUAUAUCAAUCUGUCCUCUCUCGAGGGACUCGGUACUCUAGAGCGUUAUCUAGAAAAUCGUUCAAGAGAAAUGACUCAAGAUGAUGAUUCAUGCAUGGUUUCUAAUAACAAAGAUCUAACACCCAGUCCAGAAAUUCUGCAUGCUGAAAGCGUGAUGAAGUCAUUAUCAGAAAGUUUGGAACUUAUGCAAGUCAGUGAGUCUGACAUAGAAAGUAAGCACCUUGAGUACAAACAAACUGCAGAGGUUUCAGACUGUGGUAGUGACAAGGACGCAACUGACAGCAAGUAUCAUCAGUCAGAUUCGAAAACAGAUGAACUGAAAGAACCAUGUAUUGAGUAUCCAUUUGGUAAUGUUAUCAAUAUUGAAAAGUCCUCUACACCUCAAUACACUGACGAUUUUUUAAAAGCUGACAAAUUAUGGACCGAGUGGAGAGAAGCUGACGCGUCUAUUAAUGAUAGCACAAGUACAGGGAGUUCUGAUACUUUUUUUGAUGCUCUGAGCGAAUGGACAGGUUUCGAUGAGUCCACUGAUGACAGUGGUUCAGAAAUAUAUCACGAUGCUGUCAGUGACAUGGUGUCUCCACAAAUGACUGAACGUUAUGAUGUCUCCGAGCAGUCUCUUGUAGAAGCAUUUUCAAAACUCAAACUAGGAUCACCCUUUGGUAAUAAACUGACUGAUUUAGCGCAUGUACCCUCGAACAAAGCUGAUGCUGUCGAUAGGAAUACCAGGAAUGUGAAUGUACCUGGUGAUACAGGUAGCGAGAUAACCAUUGACAUUUCCUCCCCCGCAAAGAGAUUGAUGAAACCUACUAAUGGCAAUCCCAGUGAAGUUGGGAAAGACACCAUGCAUGAGAACUCUGAUAUUCGCUCUGAACGCAAGGAAGUUGCGGAAUGUAGUCCACCCCAUACUGCUCCAACAUUGAAUAUUGAGGACUUCACUACCCCUCAGUCAUCCAGAAGGAAUAUAACCAGUCACCAUGGCAAAACAAAAGUUUUCUUGCAGGGGAGUAGUCCCAGUAAGUUAGACUUAGAUGUAUUGAGAGCUAUUGAAAAAUUGGAAAUCACAGAUAAUUAUCCUCUAGUGAAACAGUGGAAACACAUGGUGACGUCAUUUCCUACAGAAACUCAAAAUAGCUGGUCAAGUCCUGCACCCACGAGAGCAGUAAGGUCGUCACGUUCUGUGUCUCAGUCAAAAUUUGCUGUUUCUCCAAGGUCAUUGCUUAGUCCGAUGCGUUACUGGAACAACAGUCCUCUGUCACAGUUCAGGCUGCGUCAUUUAUCUGAUCCAGUGCAAAAAAUGGGUUUACAAAGACAACAGAAGUCGGUCCAGACAAAUUUAGUUAAGUCAUUUGGCGAGUAA